AUGUCAGACAUUUUAACAUCCGAAAAUCGUUCAGAACGUAUACUUUAUGAUAUCGAUGUAGCUGCUAUUUGGAAGCCUGAUGAUGAAUUGGCUGAUCAUGAUGAUUCUCGAGUUAACACGUAUACUAAAACUAAAGAAGAUCCGUCUUAUGCACAAUUCCCAAGACGUGUUUUCAAACAAGUCACAUACCGUCUGAAACGUAGUUUAGAAGGGCUAAUAAUUUCUACAACAGUUCCACCGGCACUUCUACAAGAAUGUCCUAAAGUAACGAGUGAAUGGCUAAUGCAACUAUCGCCAGACGGGAAGUAUCUUGCAGUUUUGCAAGAACACAAGAUCGAAAUUCGAACUAGUGAAAGUGGGUUUGAAAAAAAUCAUGCCAUUUACAAUUCAAAGCGUGACACUUUUUCUAAGUGGAAACGUCUCGUUUGGAGUUUAGAUUCUAAAAUUAUAGCUGCUACAAGAAGUGAUGGGACAAUUGAAAUCAUCAAUGAGGAUGGACAAUUAGUUUGCAUGAUUAUUUCUAGCUCUAAUAUUAAUUCAGAUAUGGAAAGAGAUUCUAAAUGUACAGAGAUAUUGUUAUUUUGA